AAUAUGCUCAUAGAGGCGCUAGUGGAAUUCCAGCUAAAACGCGACAUAUGAUCGCUUUCAGAUUUCUCUCCGAUAGUAAUUUUAUAAUACGACGAUUGUGAUUCAAUAAUUUAUUAAAAAAUGGCAACAACGGAAAACAUCAAAUAUGUUUAUCAUUUGCCGUUCUCCGAACGAUCGGAAUUUUGUAAAAUUAUGAAUCAAAAUGAUAAAUGGGAAGAGCUGGCUGGCACUUGGAUGAAGUAUGAUGUUUUAACGAUACAGAGUCUAAGGAAGGAAAAAAAUCCUACGGAUGAACUUUUAACAUUAUGGGGUCAUCAUAAUCAUACAAUAGCAGAAUUAUUUGUCUUGCUGUCCAGAAUGCAGCAUUAUCAGUCAAUGGUACCUUUGUUACCUUUUGUCGAUCAGAAAUUUCAUCGACUUUUACAUAAUGGAGAAGCCAAUUUGCAGAACAUAUCACGCAGGCAAUUAGUUAACAAGAAUACUAAGGAUUUAAAGAUUGGCACACAGAAUUUUAAUCAACGUGUAGUGCCGCAGCAAAGUGUUAAUAAAAUUUUAAAUCAACCAACAGCGCAAUUGGGUGUUAGUCCAAGCAACUCCAAUAACUUGUUAGUAAUUUCACCAGCAGCAGUAGCUGGUUUUUCACUGUUUCCACAAAAUGGCAGUAGCAAAAAGAUUAACGAAUCACCACUGCCAAAAACAGAAACUACUUUGCCACACGCGAGUUAUAGUGAACUAGCUAUUGCUACAAAUGGAUGGAAUCAGCACAAUAUAUUAGGAAAAGGUGGUUUUGGAACUGUUUAUAGAGGCAUCUGGAAAAAUACUGAUGUUGCAAUAAAGAAAAUCAGACAGAAGGGUCCCGACUCAGAUGAAAGUUAUAUGUUGCAGCUUCAGCAAUCAUUGAAAGAAAUAAAAAUUUUGAAUUCUCGUGCUCAUGAAAAUAUCUUACCUUUAUACGCAUAUAGUUUUGGUGGCGAAGCACCGUGCUUGGUUUAUCAGCUGAUGAAGAAUGGAUCUUUAGAAGAUAGGCUAUUAUUAAGACAAAAGAAACCAUUAACAUGGAUGCAAAGACAUGAUAUUGCCAAAGGUAUAGCUACGGGAUUGCAAUACUUACACACUAUCGGGAAGAAACCAUUAAUCCAUGGUGAUAUUAAAAGUGCGAAUAUUUUGUUGGAUAAAAAUUUCGAGCCGAGAAUUGGCGAUUUUGGUUUGGCUCGAGAAGGUCCUGAAAAGGAUAGUAUGAAGAUCAGUAGAAUCCACGGAACCAGACCCUAUCUACCAGAAGAAUUUUUAUUUGAUAAAAAACUAUCUACAAAAAUAGAUACUUAUAGUUAUGGCAUAGUCUUGUUCGAAAUGGCAACUGGUCUUCGGGCUUACGACGAUUCACGGUCCGAGAAUAAAUUGUUACGAGAUUUGGUUGAUGAUUGGGAAAACAAAGAUCUUUAUUUCUUAAUAGACAAAAAAGGUGGUGAAGAAGAUAAACAAGUUUAUAGAAAUUUGAUAAAUCUAGGGAAAUGUUGUGCUAAUCCGUUGGCGCAAAAUCGGCCCGAAAUGGAAUUUGUUUUUCAAAAAUUGAACAAUUUAUAAAUUAUCUAUAUUAAUAUCGUUUAAGAU